UCUAGCUGGGAGAAGUGGAUUUCCGGAUACAGGAAGGGCUGGGCCAAGUGUGCGGGCAUGAUGCUCGGCGACUUCCGGCUUAAGCGGCAUGAUGGGAAGGCAGUGGGGGAGGGGCGCAAUGGAGGAUCCGAGCUUGGCGAGCGGGCUAGGGGAAGAUAGCGGUUUCCGGGGCCGUUGCGCUCCCUGCGGCUCACGAUGCCCCUCAGCCUCUUCCGGCGCCUCCUCCUGGCGGUCCUGCUGCUGGUGAUCAUCUGGGUGCUCUUUGGACCCUCCGGCUUUGGGGAGGAGCUGCUGAGCCUGUCCCUGGCGUCCCUGCUGCCUGUCCCGGCCUCACCCGGGCCGCCCCUGGCCCUGCCCCGCCUCUUGAUUUCCAACCCCCAGGCCUGCGGCGGCCCGGGACCCCCUCCCUUCCUGCUCAUCCUGGUGUGUACGGCCCCGGAGCACCUGAACCAGAGGAACGCCAUCCGGGGGUCUUGGGGCGCCAUCCGCGAGGCCCGGGGGUUCAGGGUGCAGACGCUCUUCCUCCUGGGAGAAGCCACAGGACCGCACGUGGCCGACCUGGCGUCCGAGUCAGCGGCUCACAAGGACAUCUUGCAGGCCUCCUUCCAGGACUCCUACCGCAACCUCACGCUCAAGACCCUCAGCGGCCUGAACUGGGUGAAGAAAUACUGCCCCAUGGCCCGGUACAUCCUCAAGACGGACGACGACGUGUAUGUCAACGUCCCGGAGCUGGUGUCAGAGCUGAUCCAGAGAGGGGGCCCCUCAGAGCGAUGGCAGAAGGCCAAGGAGCCGCCGGGGGCGACCGCAGCGGUCGGUGAGCACGGAGACCGGGGAGUACCGCUUCUGUAUCUAGGCCGGGUGCACUGGCGGGUGAGCCCCAUCCGGACGCCAGGGGCCCGGCACCGCGUGUCGGAGGAACUGUGGCCCGAAACCUGGGGCCCUUUCCCCCCUUACGCCUCAGGCACAGGCUACGUCCUGUCCGCCCCCGCAGUGCAGCUCAUUCUGAGGGUGGCCAGCCGGGCGCCCCGUCUACCUCUGGAGGAUGUCUUUGUGGGUGUAAGCGCGAGGCGAGGGGGCCUUGCCCCCACACACUGUGUCAAGUUGGCCGGUGCCACUCACUACCCCCUGGACAGGUGCUGUUAUGGGAAAUUCCUGCUAACAUCCCACAAAUUGGACCCCUGGAAAAUGCAGGAAGCCUGGAAACUGGUGAACGGACUGGAUGGGUCUGAGCCCUUGUGCUCCUGGCUCCAGGCGUUCCUGGGUGUCUCGAGGUGCCGGUUCAUAGCCUGGCUCAACAGCUGAGCCCUGGGGCCACAGAGGUCAGCACCUCACAGACCGGUGCCCCAGAACCAGUGCCCAGGCUGCAGCUCCCUUCCUGUGGCCAAAUCCGUCUCCUCAUAGCAGACUCUAGGCAAGGCCUGGCCUGACAGCUCCAGAGACAGUCACCAGGGAGGGAUAGGGACUGCAGGGCGCCAGGGACUGCCCUGUUCUCACCAGCUGGACAAGAGCCCAAUAAACCUGUCUUCUCAGUCAA